AGCAUCUGUGCUAAGUCAGACAGUGAACCAUGUUGUGAUUGGGUUGGUGAAGAUGGAGCUGGGCAUUAUGUGAAAAUGGUUCACAAUGGUAUUGAAUAUGGAGACAUGCAGCUCAUCUGUGAAGCUUACCAUCUCAUGAAAACUGGUCUUGGCAUGGAUUGUGAUGAAAUGAGUGAGGUGUUCACGAAAUGGAAUCAAGGGGAACUCGAUUCAUUCCUUAUUGAAAUUACUGCCAAUAUCUUGAAAUUUAAAGAUACUGAUGGCUCUCCACUGGUGGAAAAAAUUCGAGAUGCUGCCGGUCAGAAGGGUACUGGCAAAUGGACAGCAAUAUCUGGACUGGACUAUGGUACUCCUACUACACUUAUUGCAGAGUCUGUAUUUGCUCGCUGUUUAUCAUCAUUGAAGGAUGAACGUGUGAAAGCCAGUAAUGUUUUGGAAGGUCCUGGAGAAGCUGAAUAUUCUGGCGAUAAGCAAGCAUUUAUAGAAAAUAUUAGAAAGGCACUUUAUGCCAGCAAGAUUGUGUCAUAUGCUCAAGGUUUUAUGCUGUUGAGAGAGGCUGCAGCUAAUUUGGCUGGAACUUAAAACUAUGGUGGUAUUGCUCUUAUGUGGAGAGGAGGUUGUAUCAUCAGAAGUGUGUUCCUGGGAAAGAUCAAGGAGGCCUUUGACAAGAACUCUCAGUUAACCAACCUUUUACUGGAUGACUUCUUUAAAGAUGCUGUAGGCAAUUGUCAGUCAGGAUGGCGGGCUGUUGUGGCUCAGGGUGCUCUGCUUGGCAUCCCUACACCUGCCCUGAGUUCUGCACUUGCUUUCUAUGAUGGCUAUAGAUCUGCUGUGCUUCCUGCAAAUCUCAUUCAGGCUCAACGUGACUAUUUUGGAGCACACACUUAUGAGUUGACUGCUGAACCUGGCAAAUUCCAUCAUACUAACUGGACUGGAACAGGUGGCAAUGUUUCUGCAACCACUUAUGAUGUCUAGCAAUUUGUUAAGUGUAUAUUUUCCCCAUCUUUUAAAAAUGCAUAUUUUUGUCUUCAGAUUUGUUCUUAACAAGCUAUUUAAAAGUAGCCAAUGUACUGUUUCUCAUUCACUAUGCCUUUACAGUGGCAUAGUGAAUGAGUGAAAUUAAGGCAUUUUAAAUAUUUUGUAUGUGCUAGUCUAACUACUUAGAUUGUUGAAUUUAUGAAUUCAUAAAUUUACAAAACUAAUAUAUAGGAGAGUCUUAGACCCAGACAUAGUGCUAAUGCACAAGUCCGAAUUAUACAGCGAGAAUUAUUUGAACUUUAAUGAGAUGUGCACCAUAAUCUGUUUCGUGAAAUAAUACAAGUACAGAUUUUACUGUUUUAUGCUUUAGACUGGCCUAUGAGGAUUCCUUGCACUCCUUUCUUCUCUGGGGGCAGUUUUUUCUUUACCUAAUAUGAUAGAAAGUGUAAAAUAUAAAAUCCUCAUACACCGUGAAAUUAUGUAAUGCUUUACAUUCCAUGAUCUUGCAGUCUUAGGUUAACAAAAUCUUAUUUAGCACCUAGAUAUUUAUUAUACAGUAUAUUACACUUUUAUGUUUAUCAGGCUGUAUAACCCUUGUGGCUUGGGGCUUCUUUUUGAUUAUAAUAUGUUUGUUUAUCAGAAUUUUUUACGUAUUACACUGUACACAUUUUAGGUCGAUUGAUUUUGUGUGUGGAUGAAGUAAGGUAUCUUGCAAAAAAAAAAAAAAUGCAACAGAAUUAUACAAUGUUCCUAUCAAAAAAUGUUUAGACCUACGUUUUCCAGCAUAGUCUUGUAUAUUAUGCAGUCAACAAGGAGGGGUGUUAAUGUUGCAGUUUAAAAACUGUAGUGUAAAGCACCCUUCUGGCAAGACAGUGAUGGAGUGAAAUGA